UAGAAAAAACCCCUGUUGCAGCCCCCUUGUUGCAGCGUACAUGUAUUAAUACGCUUCAACAAGCAGUUGGUCAACGCGGGUCAAACCCUUUAAAGGGUUGUUGCAGCGUACAAAUUAAUUGUUCCCUGCAAAAACGUUUGUUGCAGCGUACGUUGUAAAAGCCCCCUGCAAUAGCCCGUUACUGUUGCAGCGUACGUCCUAAAGCCCCCUGCAAUAACACAUUGUAAAAGUCUUUCGCUACAACCCAACCAGGUUUAGUUCAAUUUAGACCAAAUUAAUUAAAAAAACUCUAGAUCUAAAAUUUCAUACUCCCACCUCUCAACUCCCUUCUUCUUCCCUCAGCUUUACUGCGUCGCAAUCAAUGUAACUUCCUCGUCGGUGGUUCUCGCCUCCUCGCCAGUCGCCGGUGGGUCCUCUUUUCUCGCCUCCUCGUCAGUCGCCCUAGAGCUGAACUUAGAAUUCUUUCAAUCUGAAAAUUUUCAAAGCUUGCUCAAAUUGACCUUCCCCCUUCUUCUUCUUCUUCCCUCAGAUCUCCUCUACGGACCGGCAAACACCACACUCAGUGGCGGACGUGAGGGCAUACCCAGACGACCACGCACACUUCUUUUUCUCUCUCCUCUCACCUAUACCGGAAAAUAAAACCUUAGAAGUCAUGGGGAUGUUCCCGUGUUUCAAUUGCUCAAUAUUCUGACAAAUUCGUUCCAAAGUUAUGAGGUCAAGGAGGUUUCAGAAGAUUGGAGUUGGGGUUCCCAUCUGCUGCAAAAGAAAUGCAUUGAUUGAUUUUGAGGAAAGAACAAGCGCAAAUGAGAUUGUUGAUGUGGCUUCUAUUUUGGGGUUGGACCGUGAUAUUUCUGAUCAUGCUUUCCAGUUGUUUAGGGAUUGUUCUUCUGCUACUUGUUUGAGGAAUCGUAGUGUUGAAGCUCUUGCUACUGCUUGCCUCGUUCAGGCUAUUCGUGAGGCCCAGGAGCCCCGUACCCUUCAGGAAAUCUCAAUAGCGGCGAACCUCCCUCAGAAAGAGAUUGGAAAGUAUAUCAAGAUCCUGGGUGAAGCUCUACAACUCAGUCAACCAAUUAAUAGCAAUUCUAUAGCUGUACAUAUGCCUAGAUUUUGCAACCUUCUCCAGCUUAAUAAAUCCGCUCAGGAACUUGCAACUCACAUUGGAGAAGUUGUGAUGAACAAAUGUUUCUGUACGCGUAGGAACCCUAUAAGUAUAUCAGCUGCUGCUAUUUAUCUGGCCUGUCAACUAGAAGAUAGACGCAAGACGCAGGCAGAAAUUUGUAAGGUAACAGGUCUCACUGAGGUCACACUCAGAAAAGUCUAUAAAGAGCUGCUUGAAAACUGGGAUGAUCUUCUACCGUCUAAUUAUACUCCAGUUGUCCCUCCUGAAAAGGCAUUCCCAACUACUACUAUAGCAUCCGGCCGUUUUGUAACCCCUAGAGCCGAACCACCAGAAAUUCCUACUUUAGACCGGGAGAGCAAGCAGCCCAAAACGAAUCAGAUUUCCGAGACAACUCACGUGGACAGGGUCAAGGGAGAGAAUGACAGCAAUACCCCCAGUACAAAAAAGGUCUACACUCCGAGGAUUGCGCCUUAUGCGAGGAAUUUGAUGUGGUUCGUGAGCAAUGGGCUAAGUUUUUUACCAGCAAGUAUUUAUUAUUGGCUUUAGCGCGCUUGAUCGAGUUGGUUUAGUUGUUAUAGAAUAAAUUUUAUAUUAAAAUGUAUGUUUAUGUUGAAAUUGGAACAUAUAUUUAAAUGU